CUAUAAUGAAAGUAGAAAAAGUGGGGAUUUCCACUCCUGAGAAUACCCACAUUAAUACCAAACAAUGGACUCCCCAAGGAUAACACCUGGAAUUGAAACAGGUAUACAACAUAUAUCAGAGUCUGUGUUUGUGGGACUGUGUCGUACAGUGGGGACCUCACAACAAGUGGCAAUGAGGAGAGAUGUGACAGACAUUAACGAGAUGGUGAUAAAUAAAGCCACAAAAAGUCACAUGAACAUGAGGAUGUGGAGUGGAAGUUACAGAGAAGGAUUCAGAAUGAAGGGAUCUGAUGUGGAUUUUAUGUGUUGGUUUAACAACCACCCAGUGAUCUGGGACUUAUCUCAGACCCAGUUUUACAAUGUACACAGACAUUCCCUGAUUCUCUCUGUCUCAUCUGAAAGUCCACCCGGAUUUACUUUACUUCAAUUACUGCAACCAAGAGCAAGCAACAGAGUUAUCUCAGCAUUAGUCACAAUGAAUGGUGGACGUUAUAUAUCUAGUUCUAAAUACAGAGAGAUCACAUGUUCUGCUGUAGUGCCUAACUCUACAGUACAUGGUCCAUGUGGCAGUGGAGCUAUAGGGGGAUUAUUAGAAUAUGACACUGCUCAGUGUUUUGUUUGUGACUUUUGGCCUCCGUCUGCCUCCUCCUGGAUAGACAGAUGUCACACAUGGCCCCAGCCACAGGUUGUUAGGGACAUAGUCAGAAGUGGAUGUCACUUUGUAGCAAUAGGACACAAAUUAGGAAAUCAUGAAAGCAAUGAAUGGAGAAUUUCAUUUUCUCUGGCAGAACAAAAACUUGUGUACUCAAUGAACCACUGUCAAUUCUUAACUUAUGGUUUGCUGAAAUUGUUCUUAAAAGAAGUCAUUAACAAUGGAUUAGGUGAAAAUGAGAAAUUACUGUGUUCCUAUCACAUGAAGACAGCAGUUUUCUGGACGAUUCAACAAAACACAAUACCUAACUGGUGUCCACAGAAUCUCCUGAAAUGUUUCUGGUACUGCUUUAAACUCAUCCUUAAAUGGGUGUAUGAGGGAGUCUGUCCUAACUUUUUCAUUCCAGAAAACAACAUGUUUCUCAGUAAUAUCCAUGGAGAAGCACAAAACAGAUUAUUCGUUAGACUGUUUGGUUUUUAUGAAAAAGGUUUAGCAUCACUGCUACACAGUCCCUCCCUCAGGUCCUAUAUUACAAAUGUCCUAUAUAACCCCAGACUCAGUAUUUGUACUGAUGAACACACUCUGAUAUCUGAGACCGAGUUUGAUAAAGAAAUGUUUAGUGAGAUGUUUGCAAGAAAUUCAAUAGACUCAUCAGACCUCUACCUCAAUAUGAAAUACUUGAACACAAUAGAACAAUUGAUAUUCUCACCCCUGACACAGUGUCAAGUUUUCAUGUUACAGGUAUUUACAACCUCCUUCCUUCAGAGUGCUGCUUUUACAUUACAAAACAUGUACAGCAACACCACUGAAAACAAGCUGAUGUAUAUUGCUGACAGAAUGUCUUGUGACAUGUUGAAACUCACAGCCAAGUUUGGGUGUAUUUCUGACAGGUUGUACACUGCAAUGUAUUAUUACAAGACACUCAGAUACACAGAAGCUUUGUCUGUGAUAGAGAUGACAAAGGUCAACUUAGCUCAGCCAUAUGUGAUGUAUGACGAGACAGUAGACACAGAGAGGUAUACCGAGGCUGUAGGGGGGCAGUCCUGGUCUACAAAGUUAAGACAUGCUGUAGCAUGGAAUAUCAAAUUAGACCACAGAAUCAUUUAUAUCAAUGAAUUAAUGACAGAGCAGAUGGUCUCCUCACAGAACCAUGCAUCUGUAUUGCUUAUCCCACCCCUAGUUGUGUUACACAUGCUGGAGUUCUUGUGUUACAGACAUAUUGACACAAUGAGAGCACAGGCAGCUCUUAAUGAUCUACAGGUCCUAGUUCACCAUGAUCAGGGGGUGUAUGUAGAUGUGGGCUUAAGAGACAUAUCAUGGCAGAUCCUGGGUAUCUGUCAACAGAUCUCAGGGAACCUCCAGGCUGCUCUAUACUCCUACCAACAAUCACUCACACAAGAUCCACUCCAUGAAAUACAAAGUGCUACACUAAUGAGAAUACAUGAACUUGGAUAAGGAUAGAAUAUCUCAUAUUACUUAAACUAUUGAAUGAUUGUUAAUCAUCAGUAAUUCAAGUCAAAUGUGUUAAUUAUGGAGAUUUCAGAUGUCAAUGUUAUAAGUUGCUUGCUAUGGAUUAGACAUGUUAGAUUAAUGAAAAGUUAUUUUAUCUUUGCCUUAAAAGUCAGUACAUCAGUGCAUGUGAAACUUAAAUGCACUGGAUUCUUUCAUUACAAUACAUUUCGUAAAAUUUUACCAAAUACGCAUUAAUUUGCGAAUGUAAAUACGCUUUACACUCCUAAAGUAAUGCGUAGAUGUAACUCAAAACAGUUGUAUAAGCCUAAUUGUUGUACUUCUUUCUUAAAUAAACAGGUAAGGUGUGGUCGAAAGCACAUACAAACUUAUAUUAUCAAUCGUAAAUAUCAGCCAGGACACAGAAAAUGGCUAUAAUAUACUUAUCUAUAACGUAUGUCUUGGUCUGGAGUAUAUACACACAGUCAAAAAUCAAACAUCUAAAAAUACAAAAAAGACGAUAUAUGAAAUAAUCUGCUUAAGCAUACCAUACUAGGUUAAAUGAUUAAAAAACCAACAUAUAAUCACUUAUUACAAACACUUCUAAAAAAAAAAAAAAUAAUCUAAUGUUUAAGCUGCUCAUGACUCUCAGAAGAAAUCUCAAAAUGUGUCAUUUAUAUCAAAAUUUUUCAAAUUCUAUAUUGUUUAGGUACCCUUUUUUGAAGAUUAUUUAGAGGAUACUUCAUGAUGCUUGUUAGCACUUCAUGAAAAGUAUGUCAGCAUGCCUCGUGUAUCCUCAAAACAUGAUAUUUAUUUUUUAUAGUAACAUUCCAUGUCAAUUUUAUCAGAAUUCCAAGUCGUCAAAAUAGAUCUCCUUAUUCAUCAAGAUUCAUACAAGCAUUGUUCACAACUGCAAAAUAUUCACGAGGAAAUGGCUGUCACAAUGAUUUGUUGAUACUUUAAAAAAGAGAAAAACCUUUAAAAUAUAAAUAUUAGGAAUAUAUUUCAUGCUAUUACUCAUGCUUAUUUUACAUUGAUAUGCUUGACAUGCAUAUGUAAUCCAGCUUUAUGUAGUGAGAAAGGCCACUAUUGUACUGCAAUUUUCAACAACCAUUCAAUCAAAGAUACAAGUACAACAAGCUGACAUUCCAGGGAUAUAGCUGCCUAUCACCAGCAGGCCAUGGCAUGCCCAUCAUUAUGGUCAAAUAAAAAAGAACGAAAGAAAAAAGAUUAAAAGUAAAUAGAAAAAAAUCAUAAAGUCACCAGAAAGCAGUGAUGUAAUCGAGUUUACUACAUAUUUGUAUUAUUGACUAAUUAAUACUGAUAAUCAAAAUUGCUCCUAGAGUUGUGUAGUUUCAUCUAAUUCAUAAUAAUUUUUUAUAAGAACCAAUUGCAUUUUGUGGAUUUAUGAAUUCUAUUUACAUGUAUUAUAAUUACGAAUUAUAUGUGGGUUAUUGAAUUUCCCAUGCUGACUGUACGACCACAUAAUGUUAACAAUAAACCGAAACCUGUCGAGUGGAAGUAAAUCAAAAUGGCUAACUCUCACAAUAUUUACGAUUUUUUCAUAAUCUUCUGACAAAACAUGCUUGAGCUAAGAUUUUUUAAAAAAGUUCCUUUUAAUUAUGUAUCAAAACCUUUGACAAAUAGAAGAUAUGAUAACUGCAAUGAUAAAUACCUUGUCCAUGAAAUUAAAAUUAAAAAUUUUAACAUUUUAAAAUUACUGUUUGUAAAUACGUGAAUUUUUGUAUUAAGUUGAUAUAUUUCAGCCAUUUCAAACUCGGGCGUUGUUCAUUUUAUAUACAUAUUUUGACAACAGAAAAUACUAAACCCCAAGAGCUUCUGGAACUUUACACCUGUGUUCCUACUAUGGUUUCGUCCACGGCCCACGAGGGGUGGGGGGUUAAGGUAACCCUCCAUACUCCCUGCCUCCUUUGGCAUGCACAUCAUUUUGUUCUAGCUAUGCCCCUGUAUUCAUUACAGGACAUUAUACAAAUUACAAUGUACAUUCUGUAACAAAAGGUAUGUUUAUCUAUACACAUGUAUAAAUAAAAUUUAUCAUAAUUAUA